AUGACAAAUAGCACCGCUGCUGCUAGACGCCUGUCGGAUAAGGGCGCCAGUUUUCGUGGUCAGCUCGGCCGAUUUCGUCUGAAUCCAACAGUCUCUUCUUCACAACCGCCGCCGCCGUCGCAAUCGCAAUCGCAGUCGCAAUCGCAAUCACAACCGAGUAAUGGCCAUCCUACGCCGACCGCUUCGCACCGAACAGAACUGAGUGCGGGUUCGGUAUCGUCAACAAGUACCGCGACUAUAAGAAGACGGGCGUCCAGGUCGGACAGUCCAGAGACAGGUGCUGCGGGAAAUGAUCGGGACGGACACGUUUCGAAAAGCAAACGAGUCUCGACCGCGUGCGAGUUUUGCAGGAAAAGGAAGAAGAAAUGUGAUUUUCGGUACCCGAAUUGUUCGGCUUGCACCCGCGCCGGUGUAGUAUGCACCGUUUUGACCCUCGGUCAAUCCGUUGCGCAUCAACCAGUGCCUCGUGAUCAAAUAGAGAACCUCGAGAAACGAGUCGAAUGGUUGGAGGAAUUGUUGCGGACGCAUGCGAACAUAGAUGUGAGCAGCAAAGCAACGGGCUCUAUAGUUGAUGACCAUCAAGUCGAAUCACCCGUUGCAGAACAGUGGUUCAAUGUCCCUAUCAUGCUGUCCCAGCCUCGAGCCGGGAUCGGACUGACAGCUGUGGAUGACACAAUUGAUAGCGCCAACCCAACGAACAGUCCGACAACACUGCCAUCUUUAGAUAGUGGGCAGCUGCCAAAUAUUGCAGAGAUAUUUCGCGAUAAAUUAGAAAACAGGCGAAGCGUUGUCCCACGACCUGCAUCGUCAAUCAUUCCACCCGUGCGUCGACUAUCAUCAUGGGAGGAAGCAGAACAAUUGGUCAGCAAAUACUUCGAAGGAAUAGGAACACAGUAUCCAUUUAUACACAAAAGCGACUUUAUGCGAGGGAUGAGAGCGAUCUAUCAAAACAAAUCUGUUCCGCCGGACAUGCAGAACUCAUAUCACAUCACCAUGGCAGUGGCUCUUCUAACGACUUCCUAUGAUAUUCAACAGGCCACGGCCUUUUAUCGGAUUGCAAGGGAAACACUGACUCCUACACUGCAGAACGAAGACCGUGUAUCCCUUCAAGCACUUUUAAGUCUCGCUUUGUAUUCCUGUUCAUCCCCUGCAGGACCUAGUAUAUGGCAAGUACUCGGUACAGCUAUGAGACUUGCCACAAGUUUGGGCUUACACAAGGCGCGACCAGCCUCGACGUCAGCAAAGGAUAUGGUCGAUCAUGAAAUGGAUAAACGCACUUUUUGGAGUCUUUACAAUCUAGAUCGACUAAUUUCCGUCACCUUGAGUCGGCCGCUAGGCAUUUCAGACGAUGACAUUACAGUGGAUAUUCCUAUUGAAUAUGAUGAGAACUGGGUCGAAGCACCAAGGAACUGUCAGAUGUCGAUAUCUGUUCAAGUGGUCAGACUACGCCGGAUCUAUUCGAGGAUAUAUCGAUGUUUUUACAAUCCGCAUGCGAAACCUACCGCGGAUGUGGGUCCCCUUUUACAAGGAUUCGCCCAAGAGUUACAUGAUUGGCGCACCUCUGCGCCCGUUAUACAGACUUGUCUGCAUUAUUCAACCGCGUAUUACGACUUUCUCUAUUACGGAGCUUUGCUAGUUCUCUACCGGCCCUCCGUUCUUAAUCCUCAUCCAGACAGCAGCUGCAUCAUAGGAUGCGGUGACGCUAGUAUACUGGUCAUCCAGUCCUACUGGGACAAUUACUCGGCGAACAAAAUAAAAUGGCUCUGGAUUACAUUAUGCCAUAUCUACUCCGCCGGCAUCACAAUGCUUUGGUGUCUAGAGCAAGACAUUCGUGCUGUUCGACAAGGCAUGUCACCCUUAUGGGGCAAUCCACGGGUGUACUCAUCUCUCGAAUUUGUCCACACUCUACUCGACGAGUUUUGCGCAAAACGAAAGGGCGCAGAUCGACUGGCCAUUCAGUUCAAAACUCAAAGUCAAGAAGUUACUCGGCGUAUGGCGCUAGCAACUGCAGAGCUGCAACGACAACAGCAGCAGAUGGAAUCUGCACAGCAACAAAUGCAACAGCCUAUUUUCAUUCCGGCGGCCGUCGAUCCGUCGAUGAUGGUUCAUCCAAUGUUCUAUAACUACGGAUGGGCCGGGCAGGAGAUUGCGUCCUUCUACGGUUUAUAA